GGGGGUGAAGGAGAUCUCGAACAACUCCUCUCCCGCCACCCCCACCCCCCGGCGGCGGUGGGCCUGGACCAGACCAGAGGGCAGAGACGGGGUUCAGGCCAGGCCCCUGAAGCCGAGUCAGCUGCUCCAGAAUGAACCGCAGCUCUGGGAAGGGGAACUAAAGCCAGCUGGCUCCCUGCCAUGGCCUGUGAGCCGCAGAUGGACCCUGGAGGGGCAGCCAGCCCUCUGCCCGCCUCCUCCUCUGGCUGGAGCACCCUUCCCAGGGGGAGCCCUCCCCCGUGGGGGCAAGAGCUUCACAAUGGCCAGGUCCUCACAGUGCUCCGAAUCAACAAUUCCUGUGCACCCAUCUCCUUGGAUCUGGGAGCCGCAGAGGAGCAGCUGCAGGCCUGGGGCAUUCAGGUCCCUGCCGAGCAGUACAAGAGUCUGGUUGAGAGUGCGCUCCUGGAGCCCCAGGUGAGGCGCUACCUCAUCUACAACUCCAGGCCCAUGCGGCUGGCCUUUGCUGUGGUGUUCUACAUGGUGGUGUGGGCCAAUAUCUACUCCACCAGCCAGCUGUUUGCUCUGGGCAAGCACUGGGCGGGCGUGCUGCUCGCAACCCUGGCUGCCGUGAGUGUGACCCUGACUCUCGUGCUCAUCUUUGAGAGGCAUCAGAGGAAGGCCAACACGAAUACGGAUCUGCGGUUGACGGCGGCUAAUGGAGGCCUCCUAGGCUACCGGGUGCUGCUGGGGGUGACAGAUGCCGUGGAGGGGUGCCAGAGUGUGAUCCAGCUUUGGUUUGUCUACUUUGACCUGGAGAAUUGUGUGCAGUUUUUGUCUGACCACGUUCAGGAAAUGAAGAUGAGCCAAGAGUCCUCGCUGAGAAGCAGAUUGAGCCAGUUGUGUGUUGUCAUAGAGACGAGGGUGAGCCCCACGGUGGAGAGGCCUGAGGAUGUUGAAGAUACCCCUCUCCUAAGCAGCGGCCCUGAUCCUCAGGAGAGACCACUCAUACAGACCCAGCUCCACCAGCUCGUCCCUGACGCUGAGCCGGAGGAAAUGGCCCGGCAGCUGCUGGCAGUGUUUGGUGGCUACUACACACGGCUCCUUGUGACCUCCCAGCUUCCCCAGAACAUGGGGACACGACACACAGACUCUCCAAGGGUUCCAUGUCCCUGCCAACUCAUAGAAGCCCACAUCCUGGGCACGGGGUGCUGCCCACUGCUGACCAGGUGACCCAGGGACAAAGCCUCAUCUUCCUCGAAGACUGAACCAUGGGGAGACCUCAGGAAUUCAAGACCGCAAGGAGAGCAUCACUGGGGGUUACCACCAGACGUGGUGCUCACCCUAGGGUCCUGUCUCGUCCACAUUGCAUGCUGAUCACAGGCCUCAUGGGAGCUGUGACUUGUGAUCUGGCGCCAGCCCAGAUCCCCUGCUGAGUUAUGUGGAUCUGUGGUGUGAAUGGAGAGACUGCUUUCCAUCCCUUCCCUUUCCUUCCCACAGGCCCAGGAGAAUGGGAGGUAACCACACAGGGAGAAUCUUCAAGUGAUGUUGCCAUCCCCCACCACUUAGCCAGGAUACUGCUCUCCAUGAUCAGCCUCUGACCUCUAAAGUUCUGUGCAAGAGAGACACAUAGUCCCAGAACUUCCUCCACGCUUGGUUUUGUUCCAUAUUUUGUGGCCUGCAGUGAUACCUGUGCUUGUCCGCUAGCACCAGGUUACAGAAGACAGAGGGAGAAGACAGGAGGAAGAAAAAGGUGGCAAAGGGCAGAUAACUGUUCACUGAUGAUUUGGAAAGGUGGAUCCUGUUUGACUUGAAGACAGAUUGGGUUCAAGGGCACACGUGCUUGUCAUUGUGGUUUUCUCCUGAGACAGAGCAAUGGCUGAGGCUUUCUGACACUAACAUUGUUGUGGGGGAGGUGUGAUCAGUCUUGUAAUUCUGUGAAAAGCUCAGAGACAUCCAGGUGCUCUGCUUUAAUGAGGGUCAAUUAGAACCUGUGGUUCUAAUAGGCCUACAACCCAAAGCCCUGGCCUGGCCUCUGAUGGCAGCCAAUCCCCACAAACCUAAUCUUCACCUGCAAUUAGGCCUCAUCUCCCACAAAACCCCCAUUAUAAGUUGAAACUUUCUCCUGAACUCUUGUUCAUAUUUCUCCUGUCUGUUGUUUGGACUCUUAUUUAAGCCUCAGAGUCCACUUUCCCUUCUCCCUCCCUCCUUGAGGAAAUCUUCCAGUCUCUAUCUCCUUUAAAUCCAUGAUACAGUGACGACCCAUACUGUUGUUUUGUUAUGAAUUCUACAUUCCUGUGUGUAUAUGCCAGCUUUUCUAGCUAGACUGUAAACUCCUCAAGGUCAAAGACUGUAACACGUAUCUUUUGUGUUUGGCCUGGACUUGCAAAGGAAAGAAAUCCUGUGGCUUCGUUGUUUUUCCAUCGCUGUGGCAGUUGGGCAAAUGAUUUUUCAAAUGCGGUUGAAUGUGGGGACCUGGAUCACGGUGGCCCUGGGUUCUGGUUGUGAGCUAACACUCUAGUGGUGGAACUUGGUGAGUUGCUUUCUGUGGCUGGCCCUCCAAGCUGGUACCUUGGAUGGUUCGUUAAAGCCCUGACUAUUUAAAAAACAAACUUUUUUUAAAAUUAAUUUUUAAAAGUUAUUUUAAAAUAGUUAUUUUUAAAGAGUUUCAAUUCAGUAUGUCAAUUUAUAUAUACAGUACAUCUUGAUAGGACCCAGAUUCUUUAAACAACUUUAUUGUUAUUAUAAAGGUGAUAAACAGAGGGGUUAUAGUUACAUGUCAGUCAGGUAAAGAGUACAUUUCUUUUUGGACAUUGUCACCCCUUCCUUUACACUUUCCCAGUCUUUCCCUCAGACUCAGUUUCUUAAAGAAACUUCCAGGGCCAAAUUCCGAUAAUUUCCAGCUUGUUCUGCUGGCUUUCCUUCCUUUCUUUUUCUUUUUCUUUUCCUUUUCCUUUUUUUUU